UGUUUGGACCGGGCAGUGGGUCGGAAGUGGGUCGGAGGUGUGGCGGAAGUGGCUGAGGAGUGAAGCGACAGGGAGGGGGUGGUUCCCAUUCGACCGCGGAGCCGGAUGUUUGCCUGUCUUUGACAGGCGUGGCGGAGAGAGCGGUGCCCCACCACGGGUUCUCUUCAGGUUCUGCAGCGUGAAGCUGUGGGGCGGAGGCUUGGCCAUGGACCCACUCUCAGAGCUGCAGGACGACCUGACUUUGGAUGACACCAGCCAGGCUCUGAACCAGCUGAAGCUAGCCUCCAUUGAUGAGAAGAACUGGCCCUCAGACGAAAUGCCCGACUUUCCCAAGUCAGAUGACUCCAAAAGCAGCUCCCCGGAACCUGUCACACACCUGAAGUGGGAUGACCCUUACUACGACAUUGCCCGGCACCAGAUUGUGGAGGUGGCAGGAGAUGACAAGUAUGGGCGGAAGAUCAUUGUGUUUAGUGCCUGCCGAAUGCCCCCGAGCCACCAGCUGGACCAUAGCAAGCUCCUGGGGUACCUGAAGCACACCCUGGACCAGUAUGUGGAGAGCGACUACACGCUGCUCUACCUGCACCACGGCCUGACCAGCGACAACAAGCCCUCCCUCAGCUGGCUCCGGGACGCCUACCGGGAGUUUGACCGCAAGUACAAGAAGAAUAUCAAGGCUCUGUACAUCGUGCACCCCACCAUGUUCAUCAAGACCCUGCUCAUCCUCUUCAAGCCCAUCAUUAGCUUCAAGUUUGGGCAGAAGAUCUUCUAUGUGAAUUACCUGAGUGAGCUGAGCGAGCAUGUGAAGCUGGAGCAACUGGGGAUCCCUCGCCAAGUGCUCAAGUAUGAUGACUUCCUCAAAUCCACCCAGAAGAGCCCUGCGACAGCCCCCAAGCCCAUGCCACCACGGCCCCCUCUGCCCAACCAGCAGUUCGGGGUCUCAUUGCAGCACCUCCGGGAGAAGAACCCAGAGCAGGAGCCCAUUCCGCUCGUGCUGCGGGAGACCAUUGCCUACCUACAGGCCCACGCUCUCACCACUGAGGGGAUUUUCCGGAGGUCGGCCAACACCCAAGUUGUUCGGGAAGUGCAACAGAAGUACAACAUGGGGCUGCCUGUGGACUUCCACCAGUACAAUGAGUUGCACCUGCCAGCGGUCAUUCUCAAGACCUUCCUCCGGGAGCUUCCUGAGCCCCUGCUCACCUUUGACCUCUACUCCCACGUUGUGGGCUUCCUCAACAUUGACGAGAGCCAGAGAGUGGAGGCGACGCUGCAGGCCUUCCAGAUGCUGCCCGAGGAGAACUACCUGGUGCUGCGCUUCCUCACUGCCUUCCUGGUGCAGAUUUCUGCCCUCUGUGACCAGAACAAGAUGACCAACACUAACCUGGCUGUUGUCUUCGGCCCUAACCUGCUGUGGGCCAAGGAUGCUGCCAUCACCCUCAAGGCCAUUAAUCCCAUCAAUACCUUCACUAAGUUCCUCCUGGAUCAUCAAGGGGAGUUGUUUCAGCCCUGACUCCAAGGGGCUCUGAGCCCAGCCCCUGCCCCACCCGCCCCCUUCUCUGAUAGCCCCGGUUUGGACUCUUUCUCUUGGCUUCAGCCUUACGGGAGCCCAGGGCUCCUGCCCAGAAAGGGGCUGUGAGCCCCCUGGAGACAGAAGCUGGAGCCAGCCAACUGGACA